CGCCCGGGAACCACCUGCUCGCCUUUUGCAGGGAAGACGACAGCAACUCCAGCUCUUUUUGGCUUUUCUGCGGCCGCCUUUGCGCAAAAGCUGCCGGAGGCUCCCUUUGCACUGGGAAGGCGAGGCUGGAGGACAGGUUAGGGGGGACCCCUUGGAAGGGUUUCCCCUUGGACCCCGUUCCCCCCAAACAAACCCGAAGCCAGGAGACGGAGAGAAAGGAAGGAAGGAGCAAGCUCUCCUCCGGAGUUUUGCCCCGCAGAGCACUCCCCUGAGCGAAUUGCUGACAGCUCCUGAAGGAGACGUUUGAAUGAAUAAGGCAAAACAGCCCAGUGGCCUCCCUCCUGUCAACAGCACAAAUAGCAAUCAAGUCUUGCAAAAACAUGUGCAGAGCUGUUGAUGAGUAGCACAUGGCUUUGGAGAGGAGGAAGAGGAGGAGGAGCAGGAGGGCGGAGGGCGCUGCUCUUCCAAUUUACAGCAAGAUCCCGAAGGACUUCAUGCUUAUAAGACGAGAGAGAUGCUAAGGCAGAAGCCGGCUCCACAGAUGUGGCCAAAGCAGGAAGAUCCGGCAGCUGAUUGACCGGUGGUGCCAGCCUUUGCUUCUUGGAACGGCACAGAUCUGCUUAGACGAAAAAAGAGCCCGAUCCACAAGCAAAACAGGACUUAAAAUGCCAGCUAAGGGCAAAUACUUCUUCAACGAUAGCGAAGGCUGCAAGCUGGCUGACCCUUUGUAUGAGAAGUACCGCUAUUCGAGUCAGCAGCACCCGCUCCUAUUCUUCCUGCUCUUCAUCGCAAUUGCCUACUGCAUGACCCUCCUCAUCGUGGUCCUCAGCUACAAUGACCCUCGCGAUCACCUUGCCUUUGUCAUUACAGUGAGCGUUGCUCUCAUGAUCUUUAUCAUCAUGUAUGUGCUGGUUUACAUUGAAUACUUCUUUUGGUGCCAACUGAAGCUGUUUGCUAUUGUGAUUUGGAUCUGCUUGCUGGCCAUUGGAUACGUGUCUAUUUUUGGCAAGAGACAUACGACUCAACUUUCGGCAUGGGAACAGGUGCCAUUUUUUCUGUUCAUCAUCUUCACUGCUUAUACCAUGUUACCUUUUGGAAUGAGAGAUGCCAUAAUCGUCAGCACUAUUACCGCAUUGUCGCAUAUUAUAGUCCUGAGCAUUGCUUUAGUGGAACGCAACAAGCAAAGUCAGGUGAUCCUUAUUUGUCAGGUGCUGGCCAAUGUUUUUAUUUUCCUGUGCGGUAGCUUGAUGGGGGCGUUUCAUAAGCACCAGAUGCAGGAUGCUUCGUGGGAUUUGUACCGAUAUACAUUGAAAUGCAUCCAAGUCCAAAUGAAACUGAAGAUUGAAAAGAGGCAACAAGAAAGCUUGCUUCUGUCCAUACUGCCAGCUCAUAUUUCCAUGGGAAUGAAGUUAGCUAUCAUCGAACGGCUAAAAGAAACCAACGACAGGAAGAAACAUGACAACAAUUUCCAUAGCCUUUAUGUCAAAAGGCACCAGAACGUCAGCAUCCUGUAUGCGGACAUUGUCGGAUUCACACGACUGGCCAGCGACUGCUCUCCCAAAGAGCUGGUGGUCAUGUUGAAUGAACUUUUUGGAAAAUUUGAUCAAAUUGCAAAAGAAAACGAAUGCAUGCGGAUAAAAAUUUUGGGAGACUGUUAUUAUUGCGUUUCGGGCUUACCCGUGUCUUUGCCAGUGCAUGCCAAGAACUGUGUGAAAAUGGGCCUUGACAUGUGUGAAGCUAUCAAACAAGUGAGAGAAGCCACAGGUGUCGAUAUCAACAUGCGAGUGGGCAUUCAUUCCGGGAAUGUGCUCUGUGGUGUGAUAGGGCUUCGGAAAUGGCAGUACGACGUCUGGUCCCAUGAUGUCUCCUUGGCCAACCGCAUGGAAUCUGCGGGCGUUCCCGGCCGUGUACACAUCACCGAAGCCACACUGAAUCACCUGGGCAAAGCUUAUGAGGUGGAAGAAGGCAACGGACCCCUCCGAGACCCGUAUCUGGCAACCAUGGAUAUCAAAACGUACUUGGUGGUCGAUCCAAGGUCCAAGCAGCGUGUCUCCAACAACCAUGUCACUCACAGCCGGGUACAGGACGGCUUGAAGAUGCGGGCGUCUGUCCGGAUGUCGAGGUAUUUGGAGUCUUGGGGGGCGGCCCGGCCUUUUGCACACCUGAACCACAGAGAGAGCGUGAGCAGCGAGACCUCGGCACCAAACAGGAGGCGGAGGAAGGAGAUAGCUCUGCAGCUGGCAAGUCGUCAGAGAGCCUCUGAGAGGAAUACCUCUCAGAAAGGAAGAAUGGAAGAAGACAUUCGUGAGAAAAUGUUGUCAACCAUCGAGGGACUCAGCUCAGCCAAACCAUGGUGCAGCGACAAAGAUGACUUCCAUGGACUCUGUGGGUUUUUUGUCGACAUGGGACUUGAGAAAGAGUACCGCACAAUUCCUAUUCCCAAGCUGAAGGGUUACUUUGCCUGUGCUGGCAUCGUAUUGCUGUGCAUGUUCCUGGUUCAAAUAAGCAUAACGACAAAAACAUCAAGUAGUUUAGGGAUUUCGUUUGGAGUUGUCGCUGUCAUAAUGGGGCUCAUUUUGAGUGUGUGCUUUGCUGACGACUGUUGGAGAUGCUGCUCAAAACAAUGGCCUCCGGUGCGCUACCUUCGAACAUUAUCGCAGAAAGUUGAGACGAUGCCUUUCGUCAGGCUUCCACUGGCCACCAUUGCAAUAGGCUCUCUGUUGAUCAUCGCUGUGUUUAAUUUGCCUGCACGCCAGCCCCAUGACAACUGUACUACACCACUUACUAUCCAAAUGGAGACAAAUAGCUCUUCUGCAAAUGACACCGUAUGCAGCAAAGAAGCUAUGACCUAUUCGUAUUAUACCUACUGCUGCCUCCUGGGUUUCAUUGCGUGCUCCGUCUUCCUCCGCAUGAGUUUUGAACUCAAGCUUAUGCUUUUGUCAGGAGCGGUCAUCGGCUAUUUCAUUGUAUUUAAUGCCAGACACACAUGGAGCACCAACCACAGCAAUUCCACCACAAGGUUUUUCAUGGAAGAUCCCACAAUAAUGACAAAUUUAUACUUGGCCCUGUUUUACAUAACUUUGGUUCUGCUCUCAAAACAGAUAGACUAUUACUGUCGGCUGGACUGCCUCCAGAAGAAUAAAUUUAAAAAAGAGCACGAGUCUUUUGAAACCAUGGAGAACGUCAACAGGCUUCUGCUGGAAAAUGUCCUUCCGGCCCACGUCGCUGCCCACUUUAUUGGGGACAACAAGUUAAACGAGGAUUGGUACCACCAGUCUUACGACUGUGUGUGUGUGAUGUUUGCAUCAGUCCCCGACUUCAAAGUAUUCUACACCGAAUGUGACGUCAACAAAGAAGGCCUGGAGUGCCUUCGGCUUCUCAACGAAAUCAUUGCCGACUUCGAUGAGCUCCUGCUGAAACCUAAAUUCAGUGGUGUUGAAAAAAUAAAAACAAUUGGGAGUACAUACAUGGCCGCCUCUGGGCUCUGCGUUUCACCAGGACAAGAGAAUAAUCUGGAUCAAGAAAGGCAACACGCUCAAAUCGGCAUCAUGGUGGAAUUUGCCAUGGCGUUGAUGACGAAACUGGAUGGCAUCAACAGGCAUUCGUUCAACAAUUUCCGGCUCCGAGUUGGUAUAAACCAUGGGCCUGUGGUCGCUGGUGUCAUUGGUGCUCGCAAACCUCAGUAUGAUAUCUGGGGAAACACUGUCAAUGUUGCCAGCAGAAUGGAGAGUACUGGAGAACUGGGGAAAAUCCAGGUUACAGAAGAGACCUGCAAAAUCCUCGAGAGCUUGGGCUAUGCCUGCGAGUGCCGGGGACUCAUUAACGUCAAGGGAAAGGGAGAAUUGUUGACCUACUUCGUGUGCACUGAUACAGCCAAAUCCCAGGCGCUUUGAUCUGAACCAACAGCUUUCUGAGAAGUCUUGCUGGGGUUGUUGUCCUUGUUGUUUAAGAAAACAGCAGCUUCCCUCCUGUGAAGCCUGAAGAUCUUGCCUCUGUAUGUAAAGGAGCUUAUUCCAAAUGUUUGUGAAUUACCUGAUGGAGGCACUGCUUUGCAGUGAGAGGGAGAGGCACAGGAGGCUGUUUCGAAGAGUUUGAAAACAAUCCCAUCCAGAGGAAUGCAAGACUCGGAGAGGCGCCUUUUUGUGCUUUUCUUUCACGGAUUCUCAUUUGAACAGAUUGCCUUGUUAACGGGUUCUACUGCCUCAUCCAUGGUCAGAUCUAGUCACAGUAUUGCACUUGUCAGAGAGAUUUGACUAUAUACUGAACUGCACUGCCUUAAGUGUAAAACAGGACUGGAAAUGCUGCAAGGAGAAAUAUAUAUGUAUUUUAAUAUAACUGGAGAUGGAAUUUGAGACAUUCUGUGCAUUAGAUGUGUAUGCUCUACCAAUGAGCUUUUGUGCAUCUCUGAACUCUGUACUGGAUCUCUGCCUAGAAGCCACUUUUGAUACCGGAAGCGUUGCACUGCCAGUAGUACCUACAACCCAGGAUUUUCAUUUUGCAUCUUCAAUCUUUACUUUUACUGCUUCUAUAAGAAAUGGUGCAAGGAUGGAGCUUCACCAAUUUGAUGCAUGUUUUAAUUUGGGGAGUUUUCUUCCCUGGGCUUUGGAGCAUUUGCGACGUCAGCUCUUGAAUGUGCUUUUAAUUUGGAUAGUGUUUCCUCGUUUCCCUUCUUUUUGUACUGUCAUUAUUUGCUCUUCUCAAAGUGCCCUUUCCCCAUGCUACAGCAGUGUGUGAAAUAUCGGCAUUGUGUGUGUGUGUGUGUUCUUUUAAAUUCAGAUUCUUUUCCUGGGCAACUCUGUUUGAGGAACAUCUUAUAUAAAGUGCAGGCAGCUAUAGCUACGGAAGUUGAAUGAAAAGUAAUGCCUCCACUGGGUUGUUGUAGGUUUUUUCGGGUUAUAUGUCCAUGUUGGGAUUCUCUCCUGACGUUUUGCCUGCAUCUAUGGCAAGCAU